AUGUCGAUAUUUUAAAUAUCUUAAAAUUACACAUUGCUAGAAAGUGCGCAUUAUGUUGCACCAGGAAGCAAUAUCUGUAUUUAUGUAAAUAAUGCAAUGGAAUCAACAGAAGAAACAAUUGAGUGGUCGGAAAAAUCAGCACCCCUCAAAGAAAUAAUCAGAGAUGAGAAACUGCCUAUUCUCGUUAAAGUGGCAACAGGGUUUUAUAACAAUGAUAGCGAAUCAUUUUCUCCGGGUGAUCUAAUAAGGCUGGAUUGUCAUAAGUACAUUCAAAAGGUGAGAGCUGAUGUUUUAUCAUCAAAAAAUAAAAAAAUAGAAGAGAUAUUUAUUCCGCUUGAAUACAAAGGGAAAGUUACAAUUACAGGAGUAAGAUCGAAGGAAGAAGCUUUUCAUUCUGUUGAAGAGUUAAUAAAAGUUUUUCCGCGGUAUGUAACUGUGAUCGAGGCUUUUACAUCACGAACAACAGAACGUUUUUCAGCAAGAACAGUUGAAAAAGGAGACGGUCUUGAACUUGAUAGAUUUCUUGAUGGAAUAGGUUUAGUUUGCACGGAUGUGAAAACUGGUGAGCUUUUAGUCAUUUCAACAUCAGGGCAAUACAACCUUACUUCCAAACCAGACAUUAAUCAGUACACCAUAAAAGAGGUGAUUGAUCGCUUUCCUUUACCUCAAACUGUAACAUUUGUCGAUGAAGAGGUACAGAAAUUAUUUACAACAAAUCUUGAUGAAGCACUACCCAAUAUCUGCACAUUUACUGGUAGUUUGACACUUUUGGGAUUCAUUACCGAAGAAGUUGUUGUAGGCCAUAGUAAGCCGCAGACAUCACAGAGGGAUGAGGGAAAGUUUGUACAGAGAAGUGUUAUCAUGUUGCCUACAAACGGAGAAAUCGUGAGAGAACUGGAAGUGUAUCUUGCCAUCAAUCAAAGCGACAAGGAUUAUGAAAUUUUACUAUCAACAAAUGUUUCACAAAGCCAGGAUAUGUCAGCUGUUGAUAGCAUGCUGUAUGUUGAUAUGGUUAAAAAGCCAAGACCCAUGAUAAAUCUGAAGAUCAGAGAAGAAGUGCCAUAUUCCGUGCCACCUCCAAAACUUCCUCCUAGAAGGCAGAGUUCAGUUGAAGCUCGUCCGACAAAUUUGCAAAGAGCAAUGACAAUUCCAAGAAUGCGAGAUAAAGACGAUGGCUACAUAAUGAUGUCAGACAAAAAGGGUGAUGAUGACACCGAUGAUUACGAAGUAAUGGAUGAGUCAGGUACACAGGAGAUAUUUUACAAAAGAGAAACGACUCAAAAAUCAAAAGUCAAGAAACUAGUUGGUUCAAUUGGGAGGAAAUUUCCAUCUAGCUUGAAAAAUAUCUUCGCUCAAUCAUCGUAUAAUACAAGUAGCGGAAAAGAAAUGGGAAAGGAUCGUCCAAGUUGCAGGAGUGGAGUUAAACAAAAAUACGAGAAAAACUUAAAAUAUAUAGGCGAUUUGGAUGACGGAGAAUAUACUGAAAUAUGUGAUACAACGGCUAAACCUGUUUUGGUUGUUAAUCCAACGUCGGCAGUUCCACCUAAGCUCAAUGCAGGACUUCUUAAUGAUGAAGGUUUAAAAGAUAUGUCAGUUGAAGAACUUGUUGCUUGUUUUAGAUUUUGUAAAUUAGACAUUUUAGCAGAUUUAUGUGAAAAAGAAGCCUUUGAUGGUAAUAUAUUUGGAAGUUUAUCUGAUGAACAACUGCAGAGUGAACCGUUCAAUUUACGGCCUGUAGAUUUAAUUAAAGUACAAAGUGUUAAAAACGGAUGGAGACCAAUAUUUAAAUGAGAAAACAAUGUUUCUACCAUAUAAUAGCUAAAUAUCAACAUGAAAAGAAAAACGCAACAUAAAUAUAUUAUAAUCAUCAAAUGAAAAAUUUAAUUAUUUUUUUUUAUGUAACGGAAAGUGUUAAGUUUUGCGUCCGUACGUAUACACUCUUGAAAGAUCAUUAACCAAACAAUCCUUAUCUGCUUAUGGG